UGCGUUGGGCGGCGUCGAUCCCAUCGAUAACGUUCCCCUUUCUCAUGCUCGAAAGACCGGCUUACCAUCUCAUGAUUGACAUUGACAUUUCUUACGUUCUUAGCUUACAUCCACGAUACCAUGAGCAAUCUAGAGAAAUCGCUGUUCCAGCUAAAGUUCACGGCCAAGUCUCUGCAAAGGCAGGCCAAGAAGGCAACGAAGGACGAAGGUCUCGAGAAGGCGAAGCUGAAGAAGGCUCUUCAACAAGGAAACACUGAAGGAGCACGCAUAUACGCAUCUAACGCCAUCAGGAAGAAGACCGAAUCGCUCAAUCUGCUACGUCUAUCUUCCCGACUCGAUGCCGUUGCCAGCCGGGUGGAGACCGCAGUGACGAUGCGUCAAGUAACAGGGAGCAUGGGACAGGUCGUAAAGGGGAUGGACAAGGCUAUGGAGAGCAUGAAUCUCGAGAGAAUCUCGGCCGUGAUGGACAAGUUCGAAACGCAGUUCUCCGACCUGGACGUCCAAACUUCUUACAUGGAGGGAGCAAUGUCCAGCACCACCGCCGUGGCAACGCCUCAGGAUCAGGUGGACCUCCUCAUCAAUCAGGUUGCAGACGAGGCCGGGCUAGAGAAACAGCAAGAGCUUGGCAACAGCGUGCCUGCGGGUAGCAUUAAAGAAGCGGAACCUGUUGCAGCGACACCAGUCGGUGAAGAAGAUGGACGACUGGCACAGAGACUCAGGGCGCUGAGGCCCGCAACAUGAAAUAACCCUUACAUACAAGCUCGGUCUCGAUAUCCUCGGUUGUAAACACUACGCAUCAUUCGCUCGUCUGGAUCCGUAUGACAUGAAAUACCUUUUUGCGUAAAAC